UGAGACAUAACAGUGAAUAAAAAUUGAUUUAUGUAUUUAAAAAAUAAAUAAUCACGGCUUUUUUAGCACAAAGCUCCUCCUCGGCGGAGGGUUUUUCGAAUACAUCAAAAAAUACUAGUUUGGGACAGAAAAAGCAAGCCACUACAUCUAAAAAUCAGUCAAGAGAAAUUCGGAUGCAGCCAACAGUACCACAAAGUGGCGGCUCUCCUUCAAUAACAUCCGAUAUGGAUUCAGCUGUUCAAUCUAUGGAUUGGCUGCUAAAAAAAGAGCGAUUUUAUAUUUUGGCUAAAUUUUGGGAACAGAGAGCAACUCUAGCUGAAAAAGAAGUCAACACACUAAAGGAACAAUUAACAAUGAACAACCUGCCAGGUAGCACAUCUCCACCCAUAAUAACACAAAACGGUAUUCCACCACCAUCUCCCUCAACGACACCUCUAUCAGACAGUAGCAUGGCCGGAACACCUAUUUCUAACAACAAUUCUGGCAGCAAGCUCCUGAACAACAAUGAAAAUUGUAGUAAUACUCGGAGCAGCAAUAACACAAAAAGUGAUGAAGUCGAAAAAAUGGAAAUCAAUGAUGAUGAUUCAGAUAACGAAGAUAACAGUAACAAAAAAUCAGAAAAUGCUGAAAACGAAAUUGAAGAAAAAUGCAUUAGUAGUUGUAGAAAAUCGCCCACCAUGGAAAAUUCAUGUAGUGAAAACUUGAAUAAUUUAAGUCUCAACAGUAGCAGUAGAAUGAAUAUUAAUAAUAAUGAUAGCAAAAAUUCUGAUAAUAACAUCUUAACAACAAAAAAGUCAUCGUCAGAUAAAUCAUUAACUGAACAAUUAGCUGAUAAGGAUAGAGAGAUCAAAACUUUAGCGGAAGAAAUAUCUCGACUGAAAACCAUCAUAGCAACGAUACAAGAAACUCACAAUGCUCAAAUGCAACGUCUUGAAGAAAGACUUGAAGCCAAAAGACAACACAUUACACGCUUAGAAUCUAAAAUAGAUAAAACACAUGAUUAUGAUGAAUUACUGAAGAAAGAAAAUAGUAUUUUAAGAUCAGUUGAUUUGUCUACACCAUCAAGUGAACAACAAUCAAAAUUCCAAGAACUACUAUUAGAACGUACAAAAGCACUCGCAGCAGCAGCGCAUCAGCAAACUGAGAAAAAUAACUCAAUUGAUGGAAUACCUACAUCACGCACCACGCCAUUUGUCCGAACUAGUAGUAGUAGUGGUACAAACUCGAACAGUAGUACAUCGCCGACUACUACAUCUAUCUUAAAUCGUCCAUCUUCAACUCCUAGCAAUAAUAGCAAUAAUUUAAAUAAUAUAAAAACCUUCGGAUCAAUAUUGGGCGAGGAAAUUGUCAGUAGUUGGAGGCGUAAUUUGGAUUUACCACCACCACCCAUAUCAGCGUUGGCAGCAGCCGUCGCUCAAAGAACGCCACCAACCGCGGGCUCUAUAUCAGUUGUCAAUAAAGCAUUAUUAAUGAAUCACCAUAACCCUAAUAAUUCAUCCACAGAUCCAAAGGAAUUGCAUCAUCUAGACGAGAAGGCUAGUAGUCAUCACGACGCACAUUCAUCGAAUGCCAGUACUCCCGUCCUUCAAGACGUCCGCUCAGAGGAAAAUUUUAACGGCCGCAGUGCUCAUACACCCCUUUCAAUGUCCAAGAGCCCCACAGAAGACAACAAUAAUACCUUGGGCUCUCUUUCACAUCACGCUACAAACUUCCCUCUAUCAUUCCCCUUUCAAGAACGCGGUCCAAUGCGUUUUGCCGAAGAUUUGCAUCUACCGCCAGGUGCCAUGGUUGGUCGUCUCGGUGAUUCUCUUAUCCCGAAAGGCGAUCCAAUGGAGGCGCGUCUUCAGGAAAUGCUUCGAUACAAUAUGGACAAAUAUGCCAAUCAAAAUCUAGAUACACUUCAUAUCUCAAGACGUGUCCGUGAAUUGUUAUCCGUUCACAAUAUUGGUCAACGGCUUUUUGCAAAAUAUGUUUUGGGACUAUCUCAAGGAACCGUAUCAGAAUUAUUAUCUAAACCAAAGCCAUGGGAUAAACUGACUGAAAAAGGUCGAGAUAGCUACAGAAAAAUGCACGCCUGGGCAUGUGAUGAAGCAGCAAUUUUUCUUCUGAAGUCACUCAUUCCAAAAAAAGAUAAAGAGCCCGGUAUGCCACAAUUCGGUCGGUCAGAAAAUGAGAUGAAUGACGAGCGCCUUCAACAUAUACUUACUGAAGCAUCGAGUAUGAUCAACAACAAGGUUGGUGGUCCCCAACAGAGUAAUCAUCACUUGGAUGAUUCACGUAGCAUGGACGAUUCAAAAUCACCAGAUAACUGCUUAUCACCAUAUUCAAAAGAGAAACGGAAUUCUUUCAGUGAAGCAAUGAAUCAAGAAAAGUUAGCAAGAAUUUAUCAAGAGGAGUUAGGAAAAUUCAUAGGACGUCCACCAAGUGGAGGAGGCUUUCCCAGUCUUCUUUUUCCACAUUUUCUUAGUGGUGGCAUACCACCCAUGCCCGAUGAUAAUAUUCGCAUGGCUCUCGAGGCGUACCAUCAACAACUUGCCAAAUUACAACAAGCUAAUGUUGCUGCAGGAAACAUACCAAACUUCCCAAAUCUUCCAAGUCUUUUAGCAUUACAACAACAUGCAUUGAAUGGUGUUCAAGAUUUGACUUUACCCAAAGAAAAACAAAUGAAGUUGAAUGGUCAACAUCUGCAAGAAGCCCAAGAGCAGCAACGGGUUGUUGCUGAUCAACACGACGCUGAAAAUAAUCGUGAAGUCGAAGAAACGAUGAACAAGCAACCAUCUUUCAACUUAGUGAAGCCCAAGUCAGAACCAGGGACAACUCCAACUAAUACAACAACAUCUUCCGCUGCUCCCAGUCCACUGAGCAAUUCCAUUUUACAGCCAGUUGGAACUCCAAGCGACGAAUUUUCAGUAUCAGCUAGUCCUUUACAACGUAUGGCUUCGAUCACAAACUCUUUGAUUACACAACCUCCAACUACCCCUCAUCACUCAUCCGUUCAGCGUCCUUUAAAAGCCGUUCUUCCUCCAAUUACUCAACAACAAUUCGAUCUGUACAACAACCUUAAUACAGAAGAUAUUGUUCGCCGUGUAAAGGAAGCCCUUUCUCAAUAUUCUAUCAGUCAACGCUUGUUCGGUGAGUCGGUACUUGGUUUGUCCCAAGGCUCAGUAAGUGAUUUACUUGCUCGUCCUAAGCCAUGGCAUAUGCUUACUCAAAAAGGACGUGAGCCAUUCAUUCGCAUGAAAAUGUUUUUAGAAGACGACAAUGCUGUACAUAAAUUGGUUGCAAGUCAAUAUAAAAUCGCACCGGAAAAAUUAAUGCGUACAGGAAGCUAUAGUGGCUCUCCACAAAUUCCAGCAGCAAUAAGCAACAAGAUGCCUCCAAUGCCGAAAUCCAUCUGUGAACAAAUGUCCAAAUUGCAAGAUCAACAGCAAGCUAUUUUACAAAUGCAAAUGGCUCAAUUACCUCACAUUCCAACAUCCCGAGAGCAACAAGCAAGUGCAGGGCCACCUCCACCCCCACAGCCGAAUAUGCUUUUAACUCCACCAGGCAUGCCAGCGCACCACAUGAUAAAUUUGCAAAAUCAUGCAGAGAAAAAACCAAUGCCAAUUUCAAUGCAUUCACCACAACAAGCUUCACAAAAUGUCAUGCGAAAUAUGAAUCAGCAUAUAUCACCCACUGUUUAUGAAAUGGCAGCUCUUACACAAGACUUGGACACCCAAACCAUCACAACGAAAAUCAAGGAAGCUCUACUUGCUAAUAAUAUCGGUCAAAAGAUUUUCGGUGAAGCUGUUUUAGGACUCUCGCAAGGUUCUGUCUCUGAAUUACUUUCUAAACCAAAACCGUGGCACAUGCUGAGUAUCAAAGGGCGUGAGCCUUUUAUACGGAUGCAGUUAUGGUUAACGGAUGCGAAUAAUAUUGAACGUUUGCAAGUUUUAAAGAACGAACGUCGUGAAGCCAGUAAACGUCGUCGUUCUACUGGUCCUGGACAGCAAGACAACAGUUCAGAUACAAGUAGUAAUGACACCUCCGAGUUUUAUCACUCUAAUUCCCCUGGUCCUGGAUCUGUAGGCUCUAAUAGUGCACCACCAAAUAAGAAACAACGAGUCUUAUUCUCAGAGGAGCAAAAAGAAGCAUUACGACUAGCAUUUGCACUCGAUCCAUAUCCUAAUGUACAAACAAUAGAGUUUCUUGCGAACGAACUCAAUCUAUCGACACGAACAAUUACCAAUUGGUUCCACAAUCAUCGCAUGCGCCUAAAACAGCAAGUCCCUCAUGGUGCUCCUGCUGAACCACUUCCAUCACGGGAAAACAACACAAAUGCUCCAUUCGAUCCUGUUCAAUUCCGCAUCUUACUCAACCAACGGCUGAUGGAAAUUCAAAAAGAGCGAAUGGGUCUUAGUGGUGUCACUUUACCAUAUCCUCCUUAUUUUGCUGCAAAUCCUAAUCUCGCUGCACUUAUCUCUCGAGGACUUUUGCCAGCAAACGAAGCUGAGCUUGCAGCACUAAAAAAUGCUGUAAGCGAGCAAAUUAGCGGCUUAGAUUUGUCUAUGCCACAGUUGAAACGUGAAGGUGAUGAUGAUUACGAUGAAAUGGAAGAUAAUGACGACAGUCACAAUAAUUCUGAUAAUGAAUCUAUCGAAGGUGACAAGAUAGGAGACCAAAAAGAUGCAACUCCGCCAUCUAGUAAUAUACAAUCUGGACGAUCACGCAGAAAACCUGCAGCACCACAAUGGGUUAACCCUGACUGGCAAGAUAAUGAUAAAAAGAAACCAUCUGGAAAAGAAGUUAUCAUCAAUGGAGUUUGUGUUAUGCAAAAAAAUGAUUUUGGCCGACCGGAUAAUGAGACAUUACGAAUUGAACCGACAGCUGCUCGAGAAGAAGAUAGUGGAGAUGAAAAUAGAUCAGACGAUGAGCAAUUGAGCACAAAAGCUGAUCGUGCUUCUAAGGAUGGAGAUGAAGAAACAAUGGACGAAGAAGAGAACAAAAACGGUGAUAAAAGUAGUGACGAAUCAAAAGACAUUGGGGUUAAAGUAAAGCAAGAAGAACAAUGGGAACACUAA